UUUAUGGACGGCCCCCAAAGUCCCAAAACUUUUCGCACUCGAACCUCCAAAUCUCCGAUCCGGAGGGCAAAAUCCUCGGACCUGACACCAGAACUUGGCAUCACCGUUGGGAGGUGCUCUGUGAGUCCUGCCCCCCCCCAUGUCUCUGCAGGAGGCGGACGCGUGCCUACGGGAGAGGCGGCUCGGCCGUGCUGAGGAGCUCUACACGGGGCUGCUGGCCCGGCGCGAUCGCCUCUGCAAAGAAGAUUGCGCUGUCGCCUUGAACAACCGAGGGCAGAUCAAGUACCUGCGCGUGGACUUUUAUGAAGCAAUGGACGACUACACACAGGCCAUUGAGUGCAACAAGGACUUCCCCAUUCCUUACUACAACAGGGGCCUUAUUCUCUACAGGCUAGGGUUUUUUGAUGACGCAAUCAAGGAUUUUCACAAGGCUGUUGAACUCAAUCCAGCAUUUGAAGAUGCUCGAACAAGUCUCAAACAAGCUGCCUGGGACAAAGAAGCAAAGCAAGCCAGAGGUUACUGAUACUACGAAUUUGAAAAUGGAGAGUAAAUGUAAUAUUUUUUUACAUUUUUAAUCAAACUGUCAGUGUUUAUUGUUGAUUACAGUAGUAAUUGUAUAUGGCCAAAUCAAGAUG